GUGGAGACGAUGUGUGGACUCUACAAGAUGAUAUUUUCUAUGUGAUCUCACAUAAUAAAUACUUCUAUUUUACAGAUGUAAUUUUCUGCCAUUCUGUUGGUUUAGGGUGAAGAUAUGAUGAACAUGAAAGUUGAGGGUGAAGUGGAGACGUAUGUGAGGGAUGAUCAGCAACAUAAGGAGGAGCGGGGUAGAAUGACGAGGACAUUCAAAGAAGAGGACACUCCUACAGAGAUCAGCACAGGACACGCCAUUGAGAAACCCUCAAAGGAUCAUCUGACAUCUCUAAGCUGUGAAAUGGAAGAUGAGGACAUCACAAGAGAUUGUGCAGGAGAAAAGGCAAUGAGCUCAGCUAUGGAUGGAGGACUUCACAGUGUGGAUAGACUAUCAAAUGCCUCUGACUCUGAGCAACCUCAGACUGUGAGGGAUGGUGCCGGAAUUCAGGGGGAGGAGAAAUUUUCCUGUAAUGAAUGUGGGGAAAGUUUUAGCUCAUUGUCCGAUCUUUGCAUACAUCAGAGUACUCACAAGAGGAAAAAUCUUUAUUCAUGUCCUGAGUGUGGGAAAUGGUUUUCAGAGAUGUCCAAACUUUACAAACAUCACAAGACUCACUCUAGAGAGAAGCCAUAUUCUUGCUCUGAAUGUGGGAAAUCUUUUCCACAAAAAUCAAAACUUGUCAGACAUCAGAGAUCUCACACGGGAGAGAAGCUUUAUCCCUGUCCUGAGUGCGGAAAAGGUUUUCCAGAGAAGUCCAAGCUUUUCAGACAUCAGAGGAUUCACACGGGGGAGAGACCAUAUUCCUGUCCUGAGUGUGGAAAAUGCUUUCAACAGAAAUCUGACCUUGAUAGACAUCAAAGGUAUCACACAGGGGAGAGGCCGUAUUCCUGCACUGACUGCGAGAAAUGUUAUCUACAUAAAUCCGACUUUGUUAGACAUCAAAGAACUCACACAGGAGAAAAGCCAUAUUCCUGCGCCGAAUGUGGUAAACAUUUCUUGCAGAAGUCAAGUCUUCACAUACAUCAGAGGAUUCAUACGGGAGAGAGGCCAUAUUCCUGUCGUGUGUGCGGAAAAACUUUUUCACAGUCAUCCCAUCUUUACGUACAUCAGAGGUCUCACACAGAGGAGAAGCAGUAUUCCUGUCCUAAGUGCGAGAAAUGUUUUUCUCAGAAAUCAGCCCUUGUUAUACAUCAAAGAUCUCGCACCUGUGAGAUGAGGGGAAGGUUUUUCACAGGUGUCUCAUCUUCACAAGCAUCAGAGGAUUCACAUGGGGGAGGAGCCGUAUUGCUGUCCUGAGGGUGGGAAAUGUUUCUCACGGAUAUCGGACCUUGGUAGACAAAGAUGUCACGAAGGGUAGAUGCUGUAUUCUUGUGCUAAGUGUGGUAAAUGUUUAUCAGAGAAGGCCAGUCUUUAUAGACAUCAGGGUAAAAGCCGUAUUCCUCUCCUAAAUGUUAAAAUGCUAGGGGUAGAUUCACGUACGGGCGCCUAAAAUUCGGACGGCCUAGCCUACUUUUUUUAGGCUACACCGCCUUA